AUGCUCGUCGCCAUCCUUCAUCCUGAAAAGGCAACAACACCUAAGACAGAAAUUCGGAGAAAACUAGCCAAAAUGUACAGGACCACACCAGAUAUCAUCUUUGUAUUUGGAUUCCAAACCCAUUUUGGUGGUGGCAAGACAACUGGCUUUGGCAUGAUUCAUGAUUACUUGGAUGAUGCAAAGAAAAAUGAACUCAAACAUAGACUUGCCAAACAUGGUCUGUAUGAGAAGAAAAAGACCUCAAGAAAACCGCGAAAGGGAUGCAAGAACUGA